GCGCGUAAAGUCUCCUCCUGCACAGCUGCGGAUCACAACACCGCCACUGCGCACACACACCAGCGCGCUCACAUCGCCUGCGCGUUUGGAUUUGUGUUCUGCCACCACGCUCACACUUCCAGGCUCCCCCAGGUCUCGGCCGGUGGACUAUGCUGCCUUCAGGGUUCAUAUGAGGGAGGGGUGCCACUGCCCAGAUUCAACGUGGGACAAUAAGGUUAUUGCUAAAAAUGCAAGCUUCAACUGUCUCACCCGUGACCAACACUACAGCCAACACAACCACCACUACCAAGUCCAGAGAGCAAAUCCUCAUCCAAAGUUCAGGAGCCAUGAUUGCAAUCAUUGUCAUCGGCAUCAUAAUUAUUCUCACAGUUCUACUGAUUAUACUUAAAACAUACAACCGGCGGACACAUGCCUCCAGAGUCCUUGGAAGUUCAUCCAAACCUCGUCCCAAGGUGUCCCAGUCCACCGCCCAGACCAGCAUGCCCCUGACCCCAAUGGGGAUCACCUCUGUGUCGGGCAGCAUGUCAGCCUCCAACCCCCCCUCAGAAAAUGGCUUUGCCCUCCCCAGAGCAGAGCUAGGCAGCCUGGAAGAGAGCUCCUGGUCCCCCUCUCAAAACAGUUUCCGACUUCCCAGAGUCGAGCUAGGUAGCCUGGAAGAGAGCUCCCGACCCCCCUCUCAAAACAGUUUCAGACCCCCCAGAGUCGAGCUAGGCAGCCUGGAAGAGAGCUCCCAGCCCCUAUCAGAAAACGCUUUAGGGAGCUUUAGGCUACCCCAUAUAGAGCUCAGCAGUGUGGACGAGAAUACUGAGCACUCCAGUGCAGCAUCUUCUGUGGUGACUUUUAAUGAACUGGCCACCAUGGACAAUACAUAGCCAUGUGGACAGUAUCAUCCAUCACAGACAUCAACACUGACUGAAUAGAGACUGCAACAAGUACAAUGAAGUAAAUGUUCUCCUAUAGCGGGACUACAGGACCACAUUCAUGCUAUAUACAGUCAGGUGACAUGUUAAUGCAAGCACUUAAGGCUAGAGUUUAAAUGUCCAGACAGAUGGGCACUGACACGAAGAGGAAGUAAACCUGCAUAUGGAAGUCAUUCAGUGAUGCCUUAUUUCGCCUAGUACAAUCCUGAGGUUAAAUCUAGUGCCAGUUAAUAUAAAUCAUAUAUGAAGGACAUAAUAACAUGAAUGAACCGAACUACUGUGGCUCAAUGGAGGCUUUGAAACAUCUUGUUAUUUAAAAAAAAAAAAAAUGGAUACAGAGCGAUCUUUUGAAAAAAGCAUUAAUCUUUCCUUUAGAGUUCUCCUUUGUCACUUCUGGACAGACAGUAAAGACACAUUGUGAGUGAGUGGACACUGCUCUGUCCAUGCUUGUAUACAGCAGUGUUGUCAGUCUGCAGUUUUACAAGUAGGGUUAUCACAAAUAUGAACCUGUAAUCUGUGGUCUAUAUUUACAAACAAUGUACAUUUCUGUAUUCAAAAGAAUGAUGAAGGAUGU